CUGGCUCGUUUCUCUUCGUUUCUCUUGUGUUUCUGUGGCUAGAAAACACUCUGAAGUGAAAGAAUGGACAACAUAGGAGAAGACGAACCGGACCCAAUAAAGCUCAAGUCCAUUAAGAAUAAUAAAACAUUCACAGUGCCUCAAAAGGACAGGUUUGGGAGCUGCAGAAGCGUCAGGGAGUUCGAGAAAUUCAAUCGCAUAGGAGAAGGAACCUACGGCAUCGUUUAUCGAGCUCGCGACACCAAGUCUGAUGAAAUUGUUGCACUGAAGAAGGUCCGGAUGGACAAAGAGAAAGAUGGGGUCCCUAUCAGCAGUCUCAGAGAGAUCACCCUACUGCUGAGACUGAGACAUCCCAACAUAGUGGAGCUGAAGGAGGUGGUCGUGGGCACCCAGCUGGAGAGUCUGUUUCUGGUGAUGAGUUACUGUGAACAGGAUCUGGCCAGUCUGCUGGAAAACAUGCAAACACCAUUCUCUGAGGCUCAGGUGAAGUGUAUUAUCCUUCAGUUGCUCCGAGGUUUGGAGUAUCUCCAUCACAACUUCAUCAUACACCGGGACCUGAAGGUGUCUAAUCUGCUGAUGACAGACAAAGGCUGCGUUAAGAUCGCUGAUUUUGGGUUAGCCCGGAUGUACGGCAUCCCCCAGCAGCCCAUGACGCCCAGAGUGGUGACGCUGUGGUACAGAGCUCCAGAGCUCCUCCUAGGGAGCAAGACCCAGACUACAGCACUGGAUAUGUGGGCGGUGGGCUGUAUCCUGGCAGAGCUCCUGGCCCACAAACCUCUUCUGCCCGGAACCUCCGAGAUCCAGCAGGUGGACCUGAUAGUCCAGCUGUUGGGAACACCCAACGAGAACAUCUGGCCGGGUUUCUCUAGGCUGCCCCUCAUUGGUCAGUACAGUCUGAGGAAGCAGCCGUACAACAACCUGAAGAAUAAAUUCACCUGGCUCUCUGAUGCCGGACACAGAUUGCUCAACUUGCUCUUCAUGUACAACCCACAGCGCAGAGCUAACGCCAAAGACAGUUUGGAGAGUUCCUACUUUAAAGAGAAACCACUGCCCUGUGAACCGGAGCUGAUGCCAACCUUCCCCCACCACCGCAACAAACGGGCUGCCCCUGCCCUUGAGAGCCGCUCCAAACGGAGUAAAGUGUGACGAAGGUGCUGAUGAGAGUACAUUUGACUCCAACACGAGCGGAAGUGACAUUCUUAGUAAUGUGCAGUCAGAGGGAGUAGACGCUGCUUUCUUUUCACACUGCAUACAGUGGCAGCAUGGAUCCACUCAUGAGGAGGUUUUACUGUGAAGGGUGGAGAUUAACACCCUGUUGGACUCAAGUAUGACCACUGCAUAUGAACAUUAUUAUUUAAAAAGGUUUUAAUUGCAAAAUCUGUGUAGAUGCAUUACUUUUCAUAAUUUUGUGCCACUUAUAGUUUCUAGAAGUUUCUCAAUAUUCAUGUUGCUGCCAAGGUCUGUAUACUAGAGUCUAUAGUCAUGCUAGCAGCUUUGUGAGGCUCUACAAUGAGCUAAAUGCUAGCAUGCUCACAAUGACAAUACUAAAAUGCUAAUAUUUAGCAGGUUUAGGUCCAGUUUCUCAGACAGAGAUUAAAACUAGUCAUUGACUAAAGACAAGAUUCAGUGGAAAUAUCCAUUAGAAACGAAUAUAGUCUUGGACUAGAUUUGUUUCUCAAUAACCUGAGGCUGAUGGUACCGUUGUUACUUAAGCAGGUGUGUGCUGGUAAAUCCAAAUAUUGGACAAAUUAGAAUUUUUACUUGAUGUUGGUACUAUAUUAAAUGUGUCUAUCUGUUCAAAACAUCUGGACAAUCUAUGAAAUAGUUGAGAUAUUUUAGUCUGGACCAAAGUGAUGGACAGACAUUGCCAAGCAUAGAUCCAUGCAACUAGCAUGGCUAACAAGGUGAAGGUGAUGAGGAUGGAGUUGCCUUGACAACAGCACAGAAGCAUCAUGUACUGAAGUUUUGUGGUGAGCACUGGUCUCACUUUGAGUGAAUUGUUUCUGUUGAGCUGCUGAGUUUUGAUCCAAACAUCUCAGCAGUUAACCUGUGAAGAGGUGAGUAUGAGCUAAAUCAAUGAGCUUUGCUUCCAUGCCUCCAUGUUACUUUGGAUACACUUCACGGUCACGUCAUGGCCUUGUGAAGCUGCUAAAAGAUCACAGGUUUGACCCCUUCAACCAUCACUGUGUAUAGAUAACCAGCUGUAUCCUGUCAAAGUGUCCUUGAGGUAAAAUGCUGACUAAUACGUAGCUGUAAAAAGCCUCAGCGUGAGUGGCCUCACAGAGGUGGUUUUAACUGGUAGAACUGGAAUAAUGGCUCAUAUUUACCUCACAGGGAUGGAUACCUGCACUGUUGCUGUCGAGCCUCUGAACAUGUUUAAACCAUCAGCUGAUGAACGUAAUAAAAAAAUA